AUGGUUCGUUCCAGGGGAGGCUGCUCCAACUGCAAGCGGCGGAAGAGGAAAUGUGACGAGACGCGUCCAGACUGUCGGGCCUGCCAGCGGCGCGGAAUCCAGUGCGAAGGCUACAACACAACGCUCAAGUGGACCAACGGAAUAGCCUCUCGUGGUCGCUUUGCUGGAGCCGCGAUCCCUGACGUCUCUUUCUACAGUUCCAGCUCGGAGCCCAGCAAACUCCCACACUCAAAUCAUCUGCCGAGCACCGAGGAUCCACAUUUGCAGGUGGCCAGCGCCCCAUCCACCUCCUCUUCUACCUCCCCUCCCGGAGCCGAAGGGAUCACGCAGACCGGCUCCGCCUCCGAGUCUGGGGUUGUUUCUCCCUUGGCGCCGUCGCCGGGCGCAAACAUUGACCCAAAACGGCAAUUGUUCAAUAAGUUCCUGAAUGCCGGUUUGCAUCGCUUGUAUACGACAGAAAGUUACAUCUGGCUCCAGUCACACUUCCAGGCAAUGGCAGAAAAGAGCCAGGCCUUUUUUGUCGUCUGCACCGCCAUCCAAGCGUAUAUGGAUGAUGGCUUUUCGGUACUGGCGAUGGAACAUGUCGACCAUGCCCUGCAAACAUUCCGAGCGGAACUGGAAGGCCGGCAUGGCUCUUUGGAUGUCUCGACCAUGUCGGCGGGCAUCCUCGUUUGCACUCUAUGCUUACUUCAAGCCCGCCCCUUCACCAUGUAUCUGCAGCUCAUGGCGGACCUUUAUUAUCUCGACACGAAGCUUGACGUCCUAGUGCCGUCUGUCGACCACGACUUCCCCACACGGCAUUCCAUCGAGGUGUUAUCUAUCAUGGACCUACCAACAUCAGUGAUAGGAAGGAUAAGUCCGAGCAUGGGUGUUUGGCGCAACCUGCGGAAGCAUCAAGACAAGUGGGAAGGGGGAAGACUCGGGGGCGUAGAGGUGGUCUCGGGGUUACCGAGGUCAUUUCUGGACAUUCUAGCUGACAUCGAAGAUAGUGAGAGACAAGACCUAGAGGCGCGGCUCUGGGCCUGGCCUGGCGAGAUAGGCAUGCAUGCGCAAUGCAUUCUGUGGGACUGCUGGAGAUAUUCAGCGGUCCUGGAUGUGAGGAGGCGAGGGAGGCGGGCAAAACGCGUCGCGGCGGACGCAACGCCGAAGGUAUCACCGACAUAUGGCAAAUCAACCGAUUCAGCGCUAUCUCCUUCGACGGAAGUUGUCAUGUGCCGCCUUGUUGCGUCCAUUUACUCUUUAUUUCGAGCAGUUGAGAUACCCGCAAAUCACCACUUGCUGGUUCACAAUGGCCUCAUCUAUCCGCUAGUUACGGCCAGCGUAGAAGUUCCCUUGUUAGCUGCGCACCCGGAGUGGAAGGAGGUCUUGGACGACGUGAGGGCAUCAUUCAACAAGAAGGAUUCUUUCCAUGUUCAGAAGAUGAUUGACGAAAUCCUUGAAGCGGCCUGGAAGGAGGGCUCAGAUAGCUUCGAUGUUGAGAAUGCGGCUCAGACUAGGGGAGUAGAGAUUGCGGUCUUCUAA